UGUUCAAGAUGAAGGCUCCUUGCUGCCACGCCUGACGCCCCAGUGCGCUUAACAGAACAAGCAGUCCUGACCUGGCAACAUACGAAUGGCCCAGGGAAGCCACCAGAUUGAUAUUCAGGUUUUGCAUGACCUGCGCCAGAAGUUCCCUGAAGUCCCAGAGGGUGUUGUCUCCCAGUGUGUUCUGCAGAUACUUAUUGGUGCCAGCAGAUUUGGUCCAUUCGUAACAAGCAGCAAGUUAAACCAUUUCAUUAACAACAACAACCUGGACGCCUGCUGUGAAUACUUGUCCCAGGUCAGUCCGGGCUACCUGUACAGUGAAGAAGGAAACCUCAGCUUCUCCGACGACCCCGGCUUCAUUAGGCUUCGUAAUCAUAUGACCCAGUUGAACCUGGGCCUGCAGUCUCAGAAUGUGCAUUUGGCCCCGGUUCGGGACAGCCUGAGAAUGAACGGCAGUCGGACUCUGGCCCACAGCCUGAGUGACGGGCCCCUUCAGACAGGACAGGCCCCCAACAGUGACUUCUUUCAGCAGGAGCCACAGUCAGCCCCAGUGCAGGUGCCCUCCAGCAUCAAUGUGUUUGGUGUGAUGGAGCCAACUCGUAAACCGCAGCCCCCCCAACACCUAGGACUCUACCCUCUGGGUGUCAAAGGAACAACUAUGGGUGUCCAGCAGACCCCACGCUUCAACCCCAUCACCGUGACGCUAGCCCCCCAUAUUCAGACAGGACGCAACACCCCCACUUCUCUGCACAUACACGGCGGGCCCCCUUCGGGCCUCAACAGUCCACAGGGUAACUCCAUCUAUAUCCGGCCCUAUGUGAGCCAGUCUGCUGCGAGCCGGCAGAACCAGCCGCAGGGGGGCCGGGCCCAGUACAGCCCCACCUCCCAGCCCCAGCAGCAGAUCUACCAGAUCUCACACCCCUCCUCCCUGUCGGGCACCUGGUCUAGCCCUCAGCACGCCUCGUCCUCACAUACCUCACAGCACCAGACCUCUCAUGUCUACAUGCCAAUCAGCUCCCCCACAAACCCCCAGGCCCCCUGCAUUCUUCCCACUGCAACCCAGGCCUCUUCCUCUGGUGUCUCCUCAUGCUCUUCCUCCUCCUCCUCCGUCAUGCCCACCUCCCUGUCGACCAUCAGUCAGUACAACAUCCAGAACAUCUCCACCGGCCCCAGAAAGAAUCAGAUAGAGAUUAAACUAGAAUCCCCUCAGAGAAACAACUCCACGACCACGACAGCCGUGCUGCGGACGAGCAGCGGGGCCCGCUCCUCCUCCGCCUCUUCCUCCUGCCCUUCCUCUUCAUCCACUUCAACUGGGGUGGCUACGGUCCCCAGCACCCCUCUGUCCAUCGGAGGCCCCGGUCUGAGCCGCAGCCAGCCCACUGUUUACAUCUCUGCCAGCCCCCCUGCUGCAGCCCCAGCGGCCUGUGAGGAGGCGGCCUUGGCCCCUGCCGGCGCUCGAUCCCAGCCCAAGUUUUACAUUUCUGCCAAUGCCUCCAGCGACGAUAGUGGUGGUGGUAGGAACCCUCCCACAGUCUACAUCUCAGCCAACCCUCCCAUGCAGGGACCCUCAGGGGCCAGGAACAUGGGGGGCCAAGUGAGCAUGGGCCCUGCCUACAUCCACCACCAUCCACCUAAGUCCCGUGCCUCUUUAGGAGGGGGAGGCACAGCUUCCUCCCCACGUGUUGUGGUAACUCAGCCCAACACCAAGUACACUUUUAAAAUCACAGUUUCCCCCAAUAAGCCCCCGGCUGUGUCCCCUGGAGUCGUGUCCCCAACUUUUGAGCCCAACAACCUCCUCAGCCUCCCCGCCGACCACCACUUUGUUGAGCCCGACCCCCUCCACCUCUCCGACCCGCUGUCGCCUCACAGGGAGAGGCCGAGCGAGCCGCGCCGACUCAGCAUGGGCUCUGAUGACGCUGCGUACACACAAGCGCUGUUGGUCCAUCAGAAGGCACGAAUGGAGAGGCUGUGGCACGAGCUGGAGCUGAAGAAGAAGAAACUGGAGAAGCUAAAAGAGGAGGUGAACGAGAUGGAGAGUGACCUGACCAGGAGACGGCUGGAGAGAUCCAGCUCCGCCUCCCAAAUCCCUUCUAUUGAGGAAAUGAAGCAGUUGAGAUGCAAAAACAGGUCCCUGCAGAUCGACAUUGACUGCCUCACCAAAGAAAUUGAUCUCCUUCAAACAAGAGGACCACACUUUAAUCCCAGUGCAAUCCAUAAUUUUUAUGACAACAUUGGAUUCCUCGGUCCUGUCCCACCCAAACCCAAAGGUACUUUAUCUCUUGACGUAGGCACCAAGGCAGUGAAGCCCCUGGCAGAGCAGGAGGAGGACGAGGGGACGCAGUGGAGCUGCACCGCCUGCACCUUCCUCAACCACCCCGCCCUCAACCGCUGUGAACAGUGCGAGUUCCCGCGGCACUUCUGAGCCUACAAGGCCCCCUCCUCUGCCAUCCUGUCCGCACCAUAACACCAGAGAGAAGGAAGAAGUUCUUCUUCGGUUUCUUCGUCGUAUCAACUGGUACGGGGCUCGCUCAUCGUGCGUCCUGUUCCCCUUUUUUUUCCAAUGCUCCCACUGAAGGUCUGACAGGAUGGUGUUCACAGAGGAGGACCAGACCUCAGCUGAGAGACUCAGAGGGGGCGGCGGGGGAAACUUUAUCCCGGGAUACCUCGCUGCUCCCACUUACAGUAUUACAAGUGUGGCCCAGCAGUGUGACCACACACACACACACACACACACACACACACACACACACACACACACACCCCACACAUAGGUACCUAUGUGCCUUUUGUUGAUUGCAUUGGGUUUUUCUUGCUCUGUGGUGGCCUGUUCAGCCACUGCUCUCCAUCUGAAGGGAAUCCUGACGGACUGAUCGAGGACUUUAAAGUGUGUUUGCUGUCUGUAGAGGAUGUCAAAGGGGGGUAUUGCUAACUGCCACUCUCAUGUGCCUCUUGUCCUCCCUCUUCUGUGCCUUGGGUCACGAGUUAAUCAAAAGAAAGAAAGUUGCAUGCUUGUGUACAGUACAUGGAGGCAGAAGCUCCCCUUGAGCUUUUAACUGUACAUCAUUUUAGAAUGUGCCUUGAAAGCCUCCCUCCUCACACUAUGACUUAUAUUUCCUGUAAGUAUAGCUUUAUAGACUUUAUUAAUGUUUUUGUCUUGUUUUGUUCCCCUCUUCCAAACAAAUAAGCACCAUGCUCCCUUUCUAAGUGUUUGAUUUCUGUGAGAGUUGAAGCCUUGCAGAAGGAGAGGAACAGAGUAAGACCCCUGCAGUCAUCAUGAAGCUGCGUCUGCUCAGCGCUCGUGUGGCGCCCAGCUUCCUGUGUACCACCGCACAGCAGCAAAGAAGAAGGCUAUGGAGGGCUUCUUUUUCCUUUUUUCAGGAUGCCAAAUAUUUCAGGAGGGGGAGGGGAGGGGUCAAAAAGCUAAAUGAAACACUGCCAUCUUAUCUGACAACUGGAAUGUAGGUUUGAUGUUUUGGGGAGAGCUUCACCUCAGUGCAAAGAGACACUCAUCCUCCAGUCCCAUCAGGAAGUGACUGCAGCUCUGAAACAGCUGAUUUGGUUCAAAGUGGCAUGUUGCUCUGCAGCUGAUGGAGUCCUGUGAGGUUACGAAGAUCAAAGUAUUCCUAUGAUGUAAAAAAUACUCAUAUACAACAGGUCACAACACAACUGUCCAGUUUGUAUACUCUUAUUUGGCUCAUUUCAUCCUCCUAAGCUUUUAUUGAUGAGGGUGUCUCUAAAGUUUACUUAUUGUCAUUAACUUACCUUAACUGUGGAGUAGUUACUUAGUUUUGUUUUUUCCACACUUGUGAAAUGUUGCCUUGCAUCAGUGCCUUUGGAACUAUUGAAUUUGUAUUGAUCAUCUAUUCUGUCACAUCCAAGUGCCCUUUUAUCAAAGCAAAAUGUUAGUUGUUGAAACCCAUUUAAAAGUAGAUGAAUUAUUGUCUCUUAAGCACUUACGCCAUACUUUUCUUCAAAGAAACCAGUUUUCAUCUUCAUCUGCACCUUGGUGUAUGUUUUAUUAAAUUGACAAAAAGUUAUUUGGAUAUCUAAAGUGUUUUUUUGAUUUUAGCUGGGAAAACUGUCUUUGUAACAGAUAAGUUAUUUGUAAAAAAUAAUUAAAAAAAUCUAUUCUGA